CCGCACGGUGCUGAAGCGCCGCCGAGGAGCCCCGGCGCCGCCGCCCCGCCAUGGGGUGCUGAUGGCCGGGCCCCGCCGGGCACCCCGCCGCCGCGCAGGGGAGGUAGCUGUAUCCAGCUGGGUGGCAGGUGGAUCCAAGGGUCACCAUGAAGUUUUCAGGACCCCUGGAGAGCCAGAGGUUGUCUCUCCUUCUGGAGAUGGCAAUCUCUAGGGAAGCUCAAAUGUGGAAAGCACAUGUGCCGAAAAUUCAGCCCAAUCAGGAUGUAGCCAUUUCUCCAAGGCAGAGGGAUGAGGUCAUCCAGUGGCUGGCCAAGCUCAAGUACCAGUUCCACCUUUACCCAGAAACGCUCGCCCUGGCCAUCAGCCUCUUGGACAGGUUUUUAGCAGCAGUAAAGGCCCGUCCCAAGUACCUGAACUGUAUUGCAAUCAGCUGCUUCUUCCUCGCUGCAAAGACCAUUGAGGAAGAUGAGAGGAUUCCAGUACUGAAGGUGUUGGCUCGGGAUAGCUUUUGUGGUUGUUCUCCAGCUGAGAUUCGCAGAAUGGAGAAGAUCAUCCUGGAUAAACUGAACUGGGAUCUUCACAUGGCAACGCCACUGGAUUUCCUUCAUAUUACUGUUCCCAGGUGUGCCACGGCCUGGCCAGCGCUGCCAGCUGCCCCCUGUGCUUGUGUCCCGCAGUUCCACGCCGUGGCGGUGUCCAGCAGGCCGCAGCUCCUGGCCCUGCUGCCCACGCCCAGCCCCUCGCAGCACGUGGCGGCGCUGACCAAGCAGCUGCUGCACUGCAUGGCCUGUUUCCAGCUGCUGCAGUUCAAGGGCUCCAUGCUGGCGCUGGCCAUCGUCAGCCUGGAGCUGGAGAAGCUGCUCCCUGACUGGCUGGCUCUCAUCAUCGAGCUGCUCCAGAAGGCACAGAUGGACAGCUCGCAGCUGAUCCACUGCCGGGAGCUGGUGGCACAUCACCUUUCCACUCUGCAGCCUUCUCUGCUGCCCAACUCUGUAUAUGUCUACAGUCCCCUCCAGCAGACCCUGGUGACCUGUAACAGAGGAGCGUUCCACCGCCAGCCCUCCUCUGUCCCAGGGCCGGGUUUGUCCCAGGACAACGGCCGGCCAGAAGCGCCCGUCUCAGCUACAGCCGCGCUCUGCCCGCGCCCGCCCGCCCCCGCCGGCGGCUGCAAGGCAGGCUCCGCCAAGCGCAAGGUGGAAGAGAUGGAAGUGGACGACUUCUACGACGGCAUCAAGCGCCUGUACAACGAAGAGCUGGCUCCGGAGGCGGUGGCCCUGGAGAACACGGGCUCCGUUUGCGGCGCCGACGUCUCGCGGCAGGAGGGCAGCGUGUCCCCCUGUCCCCCUCUGCAGCCGGUGUCUGUCAUGUAGCUGCCGGUGCCACCACGGGACCUGGCAGCCCGUGGCCUCAGCGGGGUGAGAAGGGGCCGUACCUUGUCAGGCUGAACUGAAGGGAGCCAAAAGAAAACCACGAAAAAAAAAAUCCCGACCCUUUUUUUGAAUUUUAUUUCUUGUGCGGCUAAUUAUAGUUCCACUAUUUAAGCACUUAAAAACACAAAAAAGUAUAAAAAUCUAAAAAAAGACCCAAAAACCAAACAAAAAAAGUAGCAAAAACCUGUUCCUUUCUAGUGUUGUCGGUUCCACUGUUUUUCUGCUCCUGUGUGUUGUAACCCAUUCUCCACAUCCGAGAGCUCACACAUCAGCCCUGCGGAGCUGUUCCGGGUUUCCCAACCAACUAAUGCCUCUCUGAUCCCAUUCCCACCCGCUCCUUGCUCCCUUUCUGCCUGCUCCUCUUUUAGUUCUCAGCCAGUCUCGUGCAUGACAUUCUGUCCUGCCCCACCUCCACCACAGCUUUCUUUUGCCCUUCUAAACAGAAAACCUCUUUCAUUAAUAGCUGGGUGUUGAAACGUGAUAAUAUUGAAAAACUGGAUUUAAACAAAAGAUUAGGCAGGGAAAAAACCCAAACCAAUGCUUGCAAGCUGGUCCACACUUCAGUAAUUCCCGCAGGAGUGUGAAGGUGCUCUGUGUCUUGCACAGGGACUUCUCCCUGUUACACCAUUUCGUCUGUCCCAACACAGAAAGCAGUUACUGGCUUAUGCAUCACUAGAAUGAAACCAUUUUUUUCUUGCUGUGUAGCACUGAGUGUGGAUUCUCACCAAGGCUUGGUUCUCUCCAUCAGAUGUAACCCUUGAAUUGUGCAGAGCCCGGUUCUCCCUGCACAUUCCCCAGCACUGCUGGGUGAGGUGCCGGGGCAGCUGUGGACACCUGAGGUUUGGAAUGUGUCAUCAUCAGGCACAGAACCAAAACAAAACACCCCAACCCUUGAGUUUUGUGUUCAUGUAACUUCUAACCAAGAGUCUGCCCUGUAACGCGUCUCCUCCGUGUGACACCCUGUUCUCAGAACACCCUGUCCCGACUGUAAGCUCUCUCCACAGCCCUGAGGAAGGUAUUGUAACCAGAGCCAUUGUACUGAUGAAAGCCUUCUGGUAGCAAUAAAGAAAGUUGUCCUGGA